AAGUGCAGUUUGUUGUUGACAGCGCUGCAGCAUGUCGUGUUUUUAGCGUCAGAACUAAACGGAAUAUUGACUGUUUUAAAGCUUUAAAGAUCCUAACACCACCAUGGAGGAACACAGAGAACACACACAUGGAGUUAGAUGAGAAAACCGGAAGGAGUCGGGAAACAUUAGCGACACAAAGCUAACUUCCGGCUAGAAGCUAACAGCUAGCAAAGCUAUCUGUGUCUCCCCUGCAGCACCAUGGCAGAGGCGGGGGCCCACCUGACCUCCUCAGGGUCCUCAGUGAGCGAGCAGCCGUCAGUCUUUGAGGUUCUGGCUCAGGAGUCUCUGAUGGAGGCGGUCCGCCCGGCGCUGAGGCACGGCGUCAAGGUUCUGGCCGAGUCCAACCCGUCCCGGUUCUCCUUCCUCUUCCGGUUCUACGACGAGCUGUUCCUGUUCCUGGACCUGAUGCUGCAGAACCACUUCCUGUCCGUCAGCAGCGCCUCCUUCUCAGAGAACUUCUACGGCCUGAAGAGAGUCUGCUCCGCGGCGGCAAGAAGUCCCGCCCCCCGGUUUCCUGUCUCUCUGUUUCUGAGCAGGAAGUCGCACUGGCGCUCUCUUCUCCUGCUGUGCGUGGCUCCGUACCUGAGGGUCAAACUGGAGGCGGUUUUGGCGCGGCAGCGAGACGAGGAGGACUUCUCCAUCCGAUUGGAUCAGAGCCGGGUUCAGAGGAUGAGGCGGGCCGUUCUGGUUCUGUUUCCCUUUGUGGGCGGGGCUUGGAGAGGAGCAGCUUUCAUUCAGCAGCUUCUCUAUCUGUUCGGAGCCACGAAGACCCAGAAUCCUUUGCUGUGGCUCGCCGGCGUCCGACUGGCACGACUCAGUGGAGACGAUCUGAAGGAGCUGGAGCUGAGGAGCAGGAGAGGAGAGAGGCUGGAGGGGGGCAGCGUGCUGCAGAGGGCAUGCUGGGUAAUGUCUCGGGGCGUGCGAGGCGUGGCUCUCUCUCUCUCCUCCUCCCUCUCUCUGGGUGUUUUCUUCCUUCAGUUCCUCGACUGGUUUUACUCCUCAGAAAACCAGAACGCUGUAAAAAGUCUCACUUCGUUUCCAGCCCCUCCUCCUCCCCUCCAUCUGAAGCGGGACCCGUCGGCCAAUCAGAGCGCAGAGAUUGAGCCCUCGGCCAAUCGGAUAUGUCCUCUGUGUCGCCGGGUAAGAUCUAAUUCUACGGUUCUCUCCACGUCUGGGUUUGUUUUCUGCUAUCGAUGCAUCUUCAGUUUCGUUAAGAAUCAGAGGCGCUGCCCAGUUUCUGGAUUCCCCUCAGAGCCUCAACACCUGAUCAAGAUCUACUCACCUGAGACCUGAUCCACCUGAGACCUGAUCCACCUGAGACCUGAUCCACCUGAGACCUGAUCCACCUGAGACCUGAUCCACCUGAGACCUGAUCCACCUGAGACCUGAUCCACCUGAGACCUGAUCCACCUGAGACCUGAUCCACCUGAGACCUGAUCCACCUGAGACCUGAUCCACCUGAGACCUGAUCCACCUGAGACCUGAUCCACCUGAGACCUGAUCCACCUGAGACCUGAUCCACCUGAGACCUGAUCCACCUGAGACCUGAUCCACCUGAGACCUGAUCCACCUGAGACCUGAUCCACCUGAGACCUGAUCCACCUGAGACCUGAUCCACCUGAGACCUGAUCCACCUGAGAGCCGAUCCACCUGAGACCUGAUCCACCUGAGACCUGAUCCACCUGAGACCUGAUCCACCUGAGAGCCGAUCCACCUGAGACCUGAUCCACCUGAGACCUGAUCCACCUGAGAGCCGAUCCACCUGAGACCUGAUCCACCUGAGACCUGAUCCACCUGAGACCUGAUCCAUCAGAGAGCCUCUCACCUGAGACCUGAUCCACCUGAGAGCCUCUCACCUGAGACCUGAUCCACCUGAGAGCCUCUCACCUGAGACCUGAUCCACCUGAGAGCCUCUCACCUGAGACCUGAUCCACCUGAGAGCCUCUCACCUGAGACCUGAUCCAUCAGAGAGCCUCUCACCUGAGACCUGAUCCAUCAGAGAGCCUCUCACCUGAGACCUGAUCCACCUGAGACCUGAUCCACCUGAGAGCCUCUCACCUGAGACCUGAUCCAUCAGAGAGCCUCUCACCUGAGACCUGAUCCAUCAGAGAGCCUCUCAUCUGAGACCUGAUCCACCUGAGACCUGAUCCACCUGAGAGCCUCUCACCUGAGACCUGAUCCAUCAGAGACUCAGACUCACACCAUGAUUAUUUUUAAUGUAUUUAUUAAUAAUUAAAUCCUAAUUUCCUCGAUAUUUUGAAUCAAAUUGCAUCUUUUUGUAUAAAUGUAAAUGAAUGCUAUUAAAUCUUUCAGAUCAGUUUUAGACCCUCUUGAGUUCCGUCUCCUUAAAUAUUAACAAAUCGAUCCUAAAUUGUUAAUUUAAGAAGUGAUUCAUGUUUGAAGUGUCUGUUCAGCAUCAUGUCAGCGGCUAAGCUAACAGUGUUGUUGUUGUUGUUGUUGUUGUUGUUGUUGUUGUUGUUGUUUCCUCUGACUGUGACACAGAUUGUUUUUUUAAAGGUUGAUUCCUGUACACAACUUUGACUGAAAUAAUUAUUUUAUUUCUUUGAACAAAAUACUUGUUGCAGCUAAUGAUGGAAUCAGUUAUUAAUGAAUGACUCCGGUUUUUUAUAAAUCAUUAUUUUUGAGUUCUGAUAAAAAAAAAA